UUCCCCUUGUCCACCUUUCUUCCUUGCUUAAUGUCGACGAUUGCUUUAGCUACAUCAUUUACGUUGUCAAUAUACACGGACGCACUGUUGCUAUACCACCGUCUCUACUUUGGUACACAUCUCUUCAACUUAUCUGGGCUACGCCGCCGCACUUUGCUUAAACCCUGUUUACACAUGACAACAUCUUUCGACAUCCCUGCGUACUGUAUUGGUACCGCAGCACUGGAUACAUGCUACUGCUGCUCUGAACCGCCGGUCUGGGGUUCUCCGCUUGUCAAACAUCGUCGUUGCCUCUUCCUGAGAAAAGGUCACCAAGAACAUCCCCCCUUUAUCCCCUGACCUCCAUCCAGCCUUCCACAAUGUCCUGGGUAUAUAUAUCUACAGCGCAUGAAGCUGUACA